AUGUCAUCCAACUCCACGACCAAUAAUCCAUGUGCACCCAAGGACACGAUCUGUGUGAUACGGGUGUACGAGCAGGAGGUGAUAAUCGUCCCCACACUGCUCCUCAUGGCCACCCUGGCCACCCUGCUAGCCAUCUUAUUGCUAAGGUACUGCCCCGGCUGCCGGCGAGCCCGGGCCAUGGUUCCCCGCAGCUCCCAAAACCACCAUCAGACGCACCACAGGCUUUCCCAUAGAACCACACAAAGACACAGGCGAGACCACAGGAGAGACCUGCAGGGCAUUGACGCGCCUCCUGAGCUCAACAUUCUGGAGCAUGAAGAGCUGCAGAUGACGGUUCAGCAGAACGUCAGGCCCAAGCUGGCCGCAGGACCACAGCCAGCCAGAGACAGGCAACAUGGAGCCUUCCAGAGAGUCACGGCCCUGCCGCUGUCCUUCAGCAUCUCGCCUGACGACACGGUCAGCCUCCACAGAGCCCGCAUGGACAACAGGGACGUUGUCCUCAGGGUGCUGAAAGAAACGGCAAACAGCAGUGAUAGGCAGCAGUUCCUGGGCUUUGCGUCCUUCCUGUCUGGCCUGGGGCCACAUCCCUUCCUCCCUACCCUGAUGGGCGUAGUUUCAGAGCAGCUGCCCCUGGUCAUCGCCAUGGAGGAGCUGCACCACAGAGACCUGCUGGGCUUCUUGUGGCGCUGUAGACAGGACAACUCGAGUGCAGAGAAUCCAUGUGAUAUGACAGAGAGGAGGAUCUUCACCAUGGCAGGACAGGUGGCCUCCGCUUUGGAGUACCUGCACAGUCAGAGCUGUAUCCAUGGCAAUGUGGGUGCACGCAGCGUUCUGAUUGGUCGAGAUAUGACGGCUAAACUGUGGGGACUAGGCCCCGCCUACCACCGGAGAACGCUGGCAGGGUCGCCGGGUGAACUGGAGGCCAUAGAGAUGAGGAAGUGGCAGGCUCCUGAAGUACUAGCCAGGAGAGCUGUCAGUCAAAGUAGUGACGUAUGGUCUUUUGGUAUCCUGCUCUAUGAAAUGGUCACAUUAGGCGACCCUCCGUUUGCCGACAUCUUAGCCAGUGAACUCCUUCAGCAACUCCAGAGAGGGAACACCCUGAGGAGACCAGCCACCUGCUCCAAUUCAUUGUACUCUAUUAUAAAGUCCUGUUGUCAGUUUGGCAACCAGCAGCGUCUGUCGAUGUCCGAGCUGAUCCGGAAGCUCCAGCUGGGAGAGAGAGGAGCCAACAACAGGACUGUUCUCCGAGUUCCGGAGCCACUGGACAUUGAGGAAUACCUGAGAGAGGCGGGAUUUGGAGAGGCCUACAACUAUGCUGUGCUCUGAUUGGUUCAGUCACAUUGACCCAAGCCAUAUCUCUCAUAGGAUGGCUCUAGUGGCCAAUUAAGAAGAUUUUGGGUUUUUUGCACUAAUAAUCGACAUUGACACUUGGCACGUGCUACAGUUCUCUGGACCAAUUUUAACUGAAUGUUGAACUAGCUCCAGCGGCCUCAUGUUUUACAGGAUAAAGGAUCCUCAUCAUCUACAAAGACAUUGCAGCAGCCCUUGAAGGUGUUC